AUGGCGACCAACGGCACCACCAAAACCCCGCUCCGCAUCGUCGUGGGCAGCGACAACGCCGGCCACGCCUACAAGACGGCGCUCAAGGAGGUGCUCAAGAAGCACGCGGGCGUGACGCACGUCCUGGAUGUCGGGGUGGUCGACGCCGACGACUCCACCGCAUACCCGCACCUGGCGGUCGAUGCGUGCAAGAAGAUCAAGGCGGGAGAGGCCGACCGCGCCCUCCUGAUCUGCGGCACGGGCCUGGGCGUGGCCAUCUCGGCCAACAAGGUCGAGGGCAUCCGGGCGGUGACGGCGCACGACCCGUACAGCGUGGAGCGCAGCGUGCUGUCCAACAACGCGCAGGUGCUGUGCUUCGGCCAGCGCGUCAUCGGGCUCGAGCUGGCCAAGAAGCUGGUCGACGAGUGGGUCGAGCUGCGCUUCGACGAGACCAGCGCCAGCGCCGAGAAGGUCGCCCACAUCUCCAAGUAUGAGGAGCAGUUUGGAGAGUUGUAG